CAAUCAAUCCCUCUUUUUAAUCUCCCAAGCAAAUCCAUACCCACACAUGACACAAGGGAACAACUCAAAAAUUCUAGUGACGCGGAAGAUCUCACCCGUCUUUAUUACUUGAAAAGCAAAACAAAAUAAGAAAAAAAAAUAAGGAGCGAACGAAGCACACAGAAAGAAAAAUAAAUCAGACUCUGAGAGAAAAAAAAAUAUGGGGGCAGUGACCUCGAAAAGCUCGGAUAGCACCUCCCAUGGCGGUGAUGAGAGAGAUGAAGACGAAGCAGGAGGAGGAGGAGGACAACUGUAUGUUUCACUUAGGAUGGAGAAUUACACGCUUAAAGGCGAUCUUCUUCCUCACGUUUUUGGUUCUGCUCCUAUAGUUGGCUCUUGGGAUUCUUCUCGGGCUCUGCCAUUGGAGCGCGAAUCGACUUCAAUAUGGGCAUUGAGUUUUGUUGUUCCUCCUAAUCAUGAAACACUAGACUUCAAGUUCUUACUGAGGCCGAAAGAUAAUAAUAAUCCGUGCAUAAUCGAGGAAGGUCCGAACAGGAUAUUAUCUGGUGGUAGGUUGCAAGGAGAUGCAAGGGCAGCACUGUUUAGGUUGAAUGUUGAUGCUGUUUUGGAGUAUCGAGUUUGUAUUAAAGCUGAUAGAGUUUCGCCCUUCGAUCUCGCUUCUAGUUGGAGAGCUUACCAGGAUAACCUUCAGCAUUCAGCUGUCCGUAAAAUUCCUGAUGUCAGCAUUGAUUCAGUGCCUGAGACAGGCAUUGAGAGUGGAUCCUCUGCUAGUUUGGAGCUUGAUCUUGAACGUUAUGUUGUCCCAUCUCCUGCAACAUCUGCAACUUCAGGACUGGUUUAUCAAGCUAACAUGGCCGAAACUCCCAGGUACCUGUCUGCCAGAAAAAAAAUUUCGGGCACUGCUUCGGAUCUCCCUGACGGUGGUGACACGUGCAGCCGGCGUACUGUCGCUAAGGAUUUGGAGGUAGUAAUACCAGACCCUGCUAAAGUGUAUACAGCUGGUAUGGUGGAAGCGAAACCAGUGACAACUUCGUCACCUUCACAGCAGCAGGAGUCUCAUAAGGGACUUUUUGUGGACAGAGGUGUGGGGUCUCCCAGAGUAGUCAAAUCAGCUAGCGUUGAAACUUUUGCAGCUGAUGUAAAACAUGGUUCGGAAAACAAGACCGCAAUGCCGGCAGCCGCUGGAGCAGUAGCUGCUGCAGCUGUUGCUGAUCAAAUGCUUGGACCGAAGGAAGACAGACAUCUAGCAAUUGUUCUGGUUGGUUUGCCUGCUCGAGGUAAGACCUUCACUGCUGCUAAAUUGACAAGAUAUCUCCGAUGGUUGGGCCAUGAUACCAAGCACUUUAACGUGGGGAAGUAUAGGCGCUUGAAGCUAGGAACUAAUCAGUCUGCCGACUUUUUCAGAGGUGACAAUCCUGAGGGAAUAGAGGCACGCAAUGAGGUAGCUGCACUUGCGAUGGAAGAUAUGAUAUCCUGGAUGCAAGAAGGCGGCCAAGUAGGUAUAAUUGAUGCUACAAACAGCACCAGAGAAAGAAGAAAUUUUUUAAUGAAACUGGCCGAAGGAAAAUGCAAGAUUAUAUUCUUGGAGACCUUGUGUAAUGACAAAAGCAUUAUCGAGAGAAACAUACGUCUCAAAGUCCAACAGAGCCCAGAUUAUGCAGAGCAGCCAGAUUUUGAAGCUGGAUAUAGAGACUUCAAAAGCCGACUAGAUAAUUAUGAAAAGGUUUAUGAGCCAGUGGAAGAAGGGUCUUAUAUAAAAAUGAUAGAUACGGUCAGUGGAAAUGGUGGCCAAAUACAGGUGAAUAACAUAAGUGGGUACCUUCCAGGGCGGAUUGUUUUUUUCUUGGUGAAUACCCAUCUUACCCCCCGUCCAAUAUUACUUACUAGGCAUGGUGAAAGUCGAGAUAAUGUCAAAGCCAGAAUUGGUGGUGAUUCUUUUCUAAGUGAUUCUGGGGAGUUGUAUGCUAAGAAGCUUGCCAACUUUGUUGAAAAGCGGCUAAAAUCAGAACGUGCUGCUUCAAUAUGGACCAGCACCUUGCACAGAUCAAUUUCAACUGCGAAUCAUCUUGUUGGAUUCCCCAAGGUGCAAUGGCGUGCACUUGACGAGAUUAAUGCUGGGUCAUGUGAUGGAAUGACUUAUAUGGAGAUCAAAAUGAAUAUGCCUGAAGAAUACGAAUCACGUGAAAAAGAUAAGCUUCGUUAUCGCUACCCUCGAGGAGAGUCGUACUUGGAUGUCAUCCAGAGGCUGGAGCCUGUGAUCAUUGAGCUUGAGCGCCAAAGAGCACCUGUUGUAGUAAUUUCUCAUCAGGCCGUUCUGAGAGCAUUGUAUGCUUAUUUUGCGGAUAGGCCUUUGAGUGAAAUACCACAUAUUGAGGUACCUCUUCACACUAUCAUAGAGAUUCAAAUGGGAGUAACUGGUGUGCAAGAGAAACGAUACAAGCUUAUGGAUUGAUAAUGCGGGGGAGCCUGGGUCUUUUGUUGCUUGGUAAUAUGAAAAUGUUCAUUUGAUUUCCGUAUGUUUCUAUUGUUUUCACUCGUCAAUGAAAUUGUAUCAUCAUCUUCAUUUCAAAUAUUAUUUAAACGUUGCGGUCAUGGAUUUGUUAAUUGACCAUCAUUUAUUUCUUGAAAUAUAAAAUGGGUGAAAAAUAAUGUCGUUCGACUAUCUUUUGAUGAGUUCUACUGUAAUAUAUUUGUACAUAUUCUAUAA